CUGGAGGAGGGACGCUCUCUCCCGGGUCCCGGGACUGGCUUCUCGGGAGGCCGGGCCCUCGGGCUCCCGCUGGGCCCGGCUGCCCCUCCCCCGCAGAGGCAGGGCCGUGGGACAGAGGCACCAGCUGCUCCCAGUUGCUCUGCUCGGGACGAGCGGAAAGAGGGAGAGGAGAAAACCCGGGACGUGGAUGCAAGGAGGGGGCGCGCUCGCAGAUCCCCCGCCUCCGGGACCCGUGGACGGCGGCAGCCCCGGCCAUGCAGACCCCCUAGCCCGGCUCGCGGCAUGGGCGAUGGCGGCCGCAGUUCCUCCGCGGGCUGGAAGCCCUGGCCGGGCGGUUCUCCCCCUCGGCACGUGUGGGGCACGGACCCGCUGGCUCAGGACGCCGUGGGAGGCUCCCUUCCCCAGGCCCAGGCUGCCGCCGCCGCGGCUGAAAGCCCCGGGUCCGGGGGAGGUGGCGAGGCGCCGGCCCCCUGCCCGGGGCGCCCGCGGAGCGCUGAGGGCUCGGGCACGUCCACGCGGCCCAGGAGCGCCAGGCUCGGCAGGCAUCGUGCGCUCCUCCAGACCAGCAGGAGCUGCCCGGCCCCGCCUGCCGCCCUGCCUCUCAAGGCAGAGACAUUUGUUUGGGUUAACAGUGCAUCAGCACAUUCCCAGAGUGUUGCCAAGGCCAAAUAUGAAUUUUUAUUUGGCAGAUCUGAAGAGAAAACUCCAGAUACUAGUGAUCAUGGAGGAAGCACUUUACUCCCCACGAAUGUCACAAAUGAAUUUCCAGAAUAUGGGACCAUGGAGGAAAGUGGAGAAGGCCUAAGAGCCUCUCUCGAGUUUGAUGCCGAGUCUCUGCCUUGCUGCCCUCAGGCGCAGCAGAGGGUCCAGUCUCUUGCUGGCCAUCCCUCUGGGCUUCUCAGUGUUACUGGAGGACCGAAAGAUGUCAGAGAGGUCCCCUCUCAGAGUCAUCUCAAGGAACAGAGUUUACAACCCAUUGACUCUUUGAUUUCAGCCCUGAAAGCCACAGAAGCCAGAAUAGUUUCAGGAACACUGCAGGCUACAAAGGUACUGGAUGGAGAUGCGGUUUCUACUUUUUUAGUUCAGCAGGUGGAACAAGAGCCAGACACUGCCAGUCAUAAAACACAGAGAGCCAACACACUGUUCCCUGCUGGCCGAGAAAAGUCACGCGAUAUACCUCUUUCAGCUGAAGUUACGACUGAGGAAAGUUUUUAUUUGAGCAUCCAGGAGGACCUGACUGCACUAUUAACUGGAGAAACUCAAGCAGAGCUUUUCCUAAGAGCUAAUAAUGGGAGAAAGGGGGCUGUCCAUGUGCAGGGGCCAGCUUGUCCAGCAUCCUCCGUGGGGAGCCCCGUGACCCACAGCUCAGUGGGCAGUGCUGGUUUAUUGAGAGAGAGGAGACCUGAUCAGGGGAGAGAGCACGCAGAGCAGUGUGGUCGAGGCAGCUCCUCCGGACGCCCAGGCCAGGUCAAACAUGUGGAAUUUCAAGGGGUGGAAAUAUUGUGGACAGGAGGGGAGAAAAGAGAGACAUGGCAACCUGUGGAUUUUCCGACAUCAUUGGAAAGGACAACCCCUCCUGAAAGCAAGGAGUUUUCUAAAGUGCCAGGCCAUCUCGUCUCAUCUGCUGGUUUGUGCGAUUCAGCUGGUUUAACUGAGAGUGUUUGGGAUGACACCCGGAGAGCUCCUUCAGAGAGGCUGGCCACUGGCUCAGGGCCAUUUCUGCCUGAGCCUCUUCUUGAGAGUGGAGAGGAUGAAGUCUUCCUAAGGGAAAACAAGGAACAUCUUGGGACGAAACCUGAAUUGGAGAGAGACAGGGAAAGGACUCUUGAGCAAGAGGAGCACUUGCAGGCCAGAGAUGAUGAUGUCCUUGGGUCCGGCUGUGCAGAGGAUUCCACUGAUGUGUACAGCUCCCAGUUUGAAACCAUUUUGGACAACACGUCUUUAUACUACAGUGCUGAGUCCUUGGAGACUUUAUGUUCAGAGCCUGAUAGCUAUUUUAGCUUUGAAGUGCCCCUCACUCCAAUGAUACAACAGCGCAUUAAAGAAGGCGGUCAGUUCCUGGAGAGGACAUCAAUGGGAGGACAGCAGGACGUCCUGAGCAUCUCCGCAGAUGGUGGAAUAGUGAUGGGCUAUUCUGAUGGGAUCACCAAUGGGCUGAGUGGCUCCAGUAACUCCACCUAUGCGAAAGGCACCCCAGAGAUUGCUUUCUGGGGAAGCAAUGCUGGGGUGAAAACAACACUGCUAGAUGCGCAUUCUGAAAUGGGGAGUACUGAAGUUCUGGAAAAGGAAACCUCGGGAAGUCUCAGUAAUGGUACCAGCAGCAACGUAGAAGCAGCCAAAAGGUUGGCCAAACGUCUUUAUCAACUAGACAGAUUCAAAAGAUCGGAUGUGGCAAAGCACCUAGGCAAGAACAAUGAAUUUAGCAAACUAGUUGCGGAAGAAUAUUUGAAGUUUUUUGAUUUUACAGGAAUGACACUGGAUCAGUCUCUCAGGUAUUUCUUUAAAGCAUUUUCUCUUGUGGGAGAAACCCAAGAACGAGAGAGAGUUUUAGUACACUUCUCCAAUAGAUAUUUUUAUUGUAACCCAGAUACCAUUGCUUCACAAGAUGGAGUCCAUUGCCUCACCUGUGCAAUGAUGCUUCUUAACACAGAUCUCCAUGGCCAUAAUAUUGGAAAGAAGAUGACCUGCCAAGAGUUCAUUGCAAACCUCCAAGGGGUAGAUGAGGGUGGUGAUUUCUCCAAGGAUCUACUGAAAGCUCUGUACAACUCAAUCAAGAACGAGAAGCUUGAAUGGGCCGUAGAUGAUGAAGAGAAAAAAAAGUCUCCGUCAGAAGGUACUGAUGAGAAGGCUAAUGGAACACAUCCAAAGACCAUCAGCCGUAUUGGGAGUACUACCAACCCAUUCUUGGACAUUCCCCACGACCCAAAUGCUGCUGUGUACAAAAGUGGUUUCUUGGCUCGGAAAAUCCAUGCAGAUAUGGAUGGAAAGAAGACUCCCAGAGGAAAGCGAGGAUGGAAGACCUUUUAUGCUGUACUAAAGGGAACAGUUCUUUACUUGCAAAAGGACGAAUAUAAGCCAGAGAAGGCCCUGUCGGAAGAGGACCUGAAAAACGCUGUGAGUGUGCACCACGCACUGGCGUCCCGGGCCACGGACUACGAGAAGAAACCCAAUGUGCUCAAGCUGAAGACUGCUGAUUGGAGGGUCUUGCUUUUUCAAGCCCAGAGUCCAGAGGAAAUGCAAGGGUGGAUAAACAAAAUUAAUUGUGUUGCAGCUGUAUUUUCUGCACCACCAUUUCCAGCAGCCAUCGGAUCUCAGAAGAAGUUUAGUCGUCCACUUCUGCCUGCCACCACUACAAAAUUGUCUCAGGAGGAACAGCUGAAAUCUCACGAAAGCAAGCUGAGGCAGAUCACCACAGAGCUAGCCGAGCACCGCUCCUACCCACCUGACAAGAAGGUUAAAGCCAAGGAGGUGGAUGAGUACAAACUCAAAGAUCACUAUCUGGAGUUCGAGUUACCUCGUGUGGAGAGUCAUCUGGGGGACUGCAGUCCUGGACCAUGUGAACCUUUUCUGUUGCUCGUGUGUAAAGAGGAAGGAGAGCGCCUGUGCAGGACCGUCUUUGCUUCUCCGGCUGUGAUCCUCAUUCCAAAGAUGAGUGUUUCCUGGUCAGAAGUGACGUGAGGGGGUUAAUUCUGGGAGAGAAAACUUGGCCUGCGCUCCAAGGCCAAUCUAGGGUUGGUCUCUUGUGUUCGUGUUUCACCCUGUGACCAAAGCACAGAACCCCUGAGGCUGCAGAGGGGUUUACACACCCAGCAGGGAAGGAGCCUCCUGCCAGCCCUGGCCUGUUGUCCUUCCAGCACAGAAAGAGCCGGGGAAGACAUUCUUAGGUAGGGCAGGGCUUGCUUUGGCCUCGAGCUGCACCUCUUCUCUGCCUUUAUCCCUAAUCAUAGACAAUUGAAAGAAAAUGGACCUUAAAGAAGUUUCUCCGUUGUCUUACGUUGACCACUUUCUUGGGUUUAGUUAGUGGUCACUGGAAUUUGAUUCUUUGGCAUUUUUCCUUGUAGUCACCCGUUAAGCUUUUUUAAGGCCAAGUUCACAGGGCGUUCUCAGCCUUGUGGUCCAAAGCUCUGUAGUGUAGCUGUUGCGGACCUGGGCCAAGGGUUCAGCAGGUGGGGAGCCACCUUCCUUAGCUGCAACAAUGGACAACCGCCUGAUCCCUUCACUUUUCAGUUGUCAGAAUUUUUGCAAUUACAAGAUUAGCGCUGUUAAACAGGAAUCAAAGUGGCACCCAGGAGUUGUUCACGGUAGAGCCUGGUUAAUGACUAGUGUGACUUGGGCUUAACUAGCACCUGCUUUUCUCUUGGAGCAUCUGAGUUACUCCGACAGAAGAUCAGCUUUUGUAAGGAGAUGAGCCUCUGGGCCUUCCUGGUUCCAAAGCUUUCUGGCUGUCUCUUCUCCCAGGCCAGCAGUCUGCCCCGGGCAGCAGGUGUCUCCACUGGCCUUGGACAUCUUAUAGUACCAAGUUACCCAGAGGACUUCAGAGACCAGUAGCCCACACAGAAUAACCCAACAGUGAUGAAAGGUGCUUUGUCACCGCUUCUGCUCUCUUUUCAGUGUCUCACUCUCCAAAGGGGGACCGAGGUCCAAAGCCAUUGCCAUUUUCCUUUUGUGCCCAGAGUACCCAAAGCCCGAGCGGGCAGCCUCUGCCUAGGACAGUGAGUGCCAUUGCCUGCAGAGAGAAUGUCUCCAGAGAGAGAGUGCCAAUAAAGAUGUGAAUCUGCAUGACCGUCUGUGGACUUGCCUGCAAUGGCAAGAAAAUAUCGCAAAUUAAAUAGUUGUAGAUACAGUAGGUUUCCUUAGGUCUCUUUGGCUCAUCCUUUAUAAUUUACGUGUGUAUCUGUAGUGUUGCAGGCUUUUGGAGAAUAUUGAUACUAUGUCAGGCAUCAAAGAGUAUGCCUUCUGUCACCUGCCAAUGUCGUAGUUGUGGGUAUUUAUAGUUGUAUGUAUCUAUAUGGUAUCAACGUGUAGAUUGUACAUCAGUAUACGGUAUAUGUACAUCAAGUUUAUUUUUUGUCCUUAACCAGUGUGAUAUGAAAAGCAAGUAAAAACCUCAUAGGAUUGAAUAUAUAAUGCAGUUUUUGAGAGUCUAUACAGUGGUACUGUUUUAUUAAACUUAAAUUCAAAUGAUAUUUUGAUUAAUUUUUUUAAUGAUAAGAUUUUAUGCUAGAAAAUUGCGUCUGUGAGCUUUGAAUCACCAGAGCAAAAAUGGCUCUGAACUAACUUUGUUAAACUAUUUCAGUGUACUGUGUACAAUGCCCGGGGUGGGGCUGUAGCUCAUUAUAAUUUGAAAUAUACAGAAAGAAAGGGAAAAAAAAAAAAAAAAAAACACAGGCAGCCUGUGCAGUCUUAGCAACUUCAGUAUUAAGAGCACUUAAACAUAAAGUCAAACUGACAAUUUGGGGCUUAUUACAAAAUGUGAUGCUUUAAAGCACACGUUCUUUAUUGUUGUAAUUAGUCCAGAAAAAUAGAGCUUUCAGAAUAAUUAGCUGAGUACCCAGCGUAUCAUUUACGUUCCUGUGUCUGUUUUACAGCAGCUUCAACCACCCUCCUAGCACCGCGUCCUCAUCCUCUUCACCUUAAAGAACUAUCGCCAGCCCUGCAGUAGAUCAGGGCUUCCGGAGGUCUGGGACUGCCCUCCAGGCCUGCGGUUGCACAAAUUACCAUCUAGACACAGGUAAAAGAAUUUUAGGACAGGCUAUGGACCAGCUUAAAACUUUAGUAUUUUUAUACUUAGGUCUCUUUUCCGGCCUCUCCCCAAAGAAGAGCCACUGGCCUUAGUUGUCUGAGCUUACUGCCUAUCUUAAAGUAUAUAAGUAUUAGAUAACUAGAGAUUAAAACUUUAUUAGCCAGCAUGUUGGAAUAUUUAAAGCAAAACUGAGUGUGUGUGAGUGAGUGGUCGAGUGCAGUGUAUUCGUCUGCGCACACUGCCUGUCAUUCCUCGUGUCCCGUUCAGGGGGUGGGAGUCGUGGGCUGGGAGGCUCAGCUUCAGCUCCAGGCUGCAGUAGUGGUGGUGGUUACACUGGUGUUUUUUGAAUUAACUCUGCGGUCUCAAACCGGUUUUGCCAGUGUAUCCUGUUUCCUAGUCUGUUUUUGACCCCGCCGUGGGUUGGCUCUGUGGCUGUGCAGCAGGGUCUCUGUUCCACAAAAGUGUGUUUCCUUCUAAGAACUAUAGUGAUUGGCAAAAGCAUCCAUUUGACUCAGAAAUCGCAUACAAAAGGAGUAGCAAAAUUUAAAAGUUUCACUUUGGGGCUUAAUCAUUUGAAAUGUUUGGACUUUUAAUAUAAAGUCAAGUAACCAUUUGGCAUGGAUAAUAGCGUCUCCUCUGCGGAGAGGAUGCACGCUCAUUGAUUUUUAAUGCCAUUAGGACCCUUUCUUAAGCUGUAGGAACAAGAGUCAAAGUGGGCAUGUGGGGAGUGUGUGAGCCGCUUGCCUUCCGCUGAGGGAGACGUGCUGUGACCUGUCCUCCGCUCUGAGAGAUCUGGCGCACGUGGAGCCUCGGCAGUGUGUACAUGCACUUGCACACGUGUACACAGCGAGUGUCCUAAGUGACAUAAACUUGAGACCCAGAGCGCCCGAGUGUGGCGAGAGGUGUGGACCGAGGUGACAGCAGCCCGCAGGCCCCUCCCGGGCGGGCGGGAGUUGGAGCCCCGCAUCUGGCCUUGAGAUGCUGUGCGGGGAGGCGGGUGGCUGGCAGCUGGGGGACGCUCAUCUCCUGCCUGGUGGACCUUCGCUCCCCGGCGUCCCCCAGUGGCUGGCGUGGCCAUCGUCCCAGUGGCGCUGCUGCUCGCUCUCUAGCUGGUUCCUUUGAGAAGGGAGUACGGGGAGCGGGGGGCACAGCCUGCCCCCCGCCAGGCUCCCCUCUGAGCUGGUGGUGGGGCUGGAAAGGGGAGGAGCCUGGCCACGAUGGGUUUCCCUUCGCAGGGUGGAGGCUCAGCUUUCACGAAUAGUGCUAUAAAAAUAAGCACCUUCUUGUCAAUUCCUGAAAAUGCUGGUUACUAGGGAGAAUUUUGGAGUUUCCCUUACUGUUUCCCCAAGCGCCCCCCCGGGGAGCCCCAGGCACAAGCUCAGUUCAGGACCCACUGUGGGCCUGGGCUCCUGCUGGGACGCCCCCUCAGAGGCCGGCAUGCACCUCUCUGCAAAGAGGGGCUCCUCCCAGCCUCCCUCCUCCUGGGCUCCUAGGAGCCCAGGGUUGGUCCAUGUGCGCCUUCCCUGGCUGCAGGGAUCCCGCUGUCCUCAUGGGCUGACCCUGCUGAGGGUGACCGAGUCACUGCAGUGACGCUUGACAAAGGUAUUAAACAAUUCUCUGACUGAAGACAAGACCGUAUAUUUUGCCUUUGCAAGAAACAAGAUGGCAGGUUGAACUGUAACCGGGGAUGGAUGAUCUCUUUGCCUCUGCACCUGGAUUUCUGGAAAUGGAUACGGUUUCGCUUCCGCGGAAGGGUCAAGGGACGCAGCCCGCCGCCGCGCGGCUCUCCCCAGGCCCCAUGAGCCCUGCUGGGCGGAGGCCUCAGUGCCUCCCAGCAUUCCUUCUCCCACCCCACCCCCACCGGCUUCGGAGCCUGUUUCUAGAGCAGAAGAUGAUGCAGUGGAGAGCUGAAGCCUUGAUUACUGUAGGGCAGGCAGAGGGCAGAGGUCUGUAUCCUUUAAUAUAAAACAAGCUUUGAACUUUUCCAACCUAUUAACUGGGUUAUGUUUACUAGGGUUCACACUAAUUGGCAGAGUGGGUCAGUCCCUCACCUUCAGAGCUUUCUCCACCAGUCACUUCAGUUUCAUUGUCGUCCCGGUGCCAUAUGUCCCUGAAAUCGUGAAAGUAAUUAGUGAUAAAAGAGCAGCCUACUCCUCUUCAGUGGCCAGGCUGUCAGCACUGGCAGACUUGGGUGAGCCCGCGGCACCGACUCCUUAGGAAACCUGUUCCCCCUCGCCCACCAGAUUCGAGAAAUGCUGUCUCCUAGAGAAUCACGGUAUUUAUGGUGGUCAUCUUUUGAAUGGAACAGUAAUUUAUGUGGAUAUUGUUAAAGUGUUUAAAGAAUAUUUUGAAAAUUAAGUUUACAUUUUACGAUCGCUUUAUUUUUUAUUAAAAUGGUUGUGUAUAAAUAUUACCCUAUCUCACCGUUGUUGAAGGAGAGCUGACCGUGCAGACCAGUGAGUCACCUGAUGUGUAUAGAAGCUGUGAUGUAUAGAGUACAUUUCUCUACUGUGUAAAUGCUCAUGAAUAUAGCUGUUCCUGUGUUUUUAUAAGUUGGGGAUAAUUUGUUGUUUUAUAACAACAAAAUUUAUUGCAUUUAAAUGGUUUUUAUGUAAUAGAAAUUAUGCAAAAUAGUGAAGGAUUUAAACUAUGUAUAU